GCGCUGUUCGCCGGUUGCUCUCAUCUAUACACCGACAACAUCCGCCCCGGCUAGCGUUGGUGGCAGGCGCUAAAUGCAGUGUUUAUAAUAGCUAAUCACCCUCAGCUUAUUUAAAAAAAAAAAAAAAAAAAAGGGAUGGAAACGGAGGCAGACACCGGCGUUUCUUCGCGGACGGAGAGGAAAGCUUUGGAAAAGGCCAACAUACUUCAACGAGAACGCGAGAGGAAGAUAUUUAGACUGGUUGCUCGAGUCCUGAAGAAACCGGAGGCUGAUCGGUCGGAGGAGGAGGCAGCUGCGUUACUACUGCACGGAGAAACUGUGGCGGAGCUCUGCAAGCGACAAGUCCGCUCAAAUGUCCUCAAGAGGAAGCAGGAGGAGAUGUUUGAUGAUGCCGAUGAGCUGAAGAGUAAAGUCAGACAGCUCGCUGUGGCAGUCAAACAAGCAAAACAUCUGGUGGUAUACACCGGAGCCGGUAUCAGUACAGCAGCUUCCAUCCCAGACUACAGGGGGCCUAAUGGUGUGUGGACACAGCUACAGAAGGGACGGACAGUCAGUUCAUCUGACCUGAGUAAAGCUGAGCCGACCCUCACGCACAUGUGUGUUAGGAUGCUACAUAAGGAAAAGCUGGUACAGCAUGUUGUUUCUCAAAACUGUGAUGGACUUCACUUGCGCAGUGGUCUGCCCAGACAUGCCCUGUCUGAGCUUCAUGGAAACAUGUUUAUUGAGGUAUGUACAUCCUGUUCCCCGGUCAGGGAGUACGUGCGCUUGUUUGACGUGACGGAGCGGACGUCGCUGCACCGCCAUGGGACGUGCCGCAGGUGCAGCCACUGUGGUAGUGAACUCAGGGACACCAUAGUGCAUUUUGGGGAGCGAGGAACUCUAGAGCAACCUCUCAACUGGAAGGGAGCUGCAGAAGCUGCCAAGAUGGCAGAUGUUAUCCUCUGCCUUGGCUCCAGUUUGAAGGUGCUGAAGAAAUACGCUUGUUUGUGGUGCAUGAACAGACCAGCAAGCAAAAGGCCCAAACUCUACAUUGUCAACCUCCAGUGGACACCAAAAGAUGAUCUGGCUGAGCUGAAAAUUCAUGGCAAGUGUGAUGAGGUAAUGAGUCUCCUAAUGGAGGAGCUGAACAUUCAGAUUCCUGUAUAUGACAGGUUAGAGGACCCUAUCUUUAGUCUAGCCACACCUUUGCGGCUAGAAGAAGUCGACAGCCAUUCUCGUGAGAUCAUAUCUCCCCUUGAUGGGCGGGAGGACUGCUUACCUGAGUCUAGAGAGCAGGCAGAAGAAGCCACAGCUGUGCAGGGUGGCUGGUUUGGAAGAGGCUAUGGCAAAGGAAGAAAGAAAAAGAAAAAAUCAGCAUGACCAAGACACAUGCAGAUGUGGUUGACUUAUGGGAAUUGAUCAAUCAAUCCCAAAGAGGGAUUGACACCCAUUUGAGUAUUUGCUAUUUGAAAAUGAGGUUUCCUUACUGCCACAUAAGGUGUUUUCAGCUUUAAUCCAGACAGUCAAAAAGGAUACCAGUAAUGACUAGUUUUGAUUAAAAAAACAUCAGAGUUUAAAACUAUUCCUGCAGCAUUAUCAUUUUUCUGCUGUCCCUCUGUAUGGUCAGGAUGUCACUAGUUUCGCUUUGCCAGACUCUUCCUCACAGAGCUGCGGACAAGGGUCUGGCUAGUCCAUCCAGCAUUCUGGGAUGAGAUGAAAACGUGCUCUGGUUUAUUGGU